AUGCCUUACACAAACAAUUUUCAGCGUUUCAAUAAUCGCUGGUAUUGGGUAAGCAUUAGGAGGUAUCCUGGAGCCGAACCAGAAGGCAGCUCUAACGAGCACACAAUUUAUGUAUACAAUACUGAUACAUAUGUCAAGGAAGAUUGUAUUUUAAAAGAGUUCAAAACAUCCUUACGUGGAAAAGAUGUGUUUUACCACGGUACUACUGCUGAAUCUGCAAAAAGUAUAAUCGAACAAGGUAUCGAUUUGACUGAAUCAACGAGGCAUGUUGAUUUCUCAGCUGGCAAAGGAUUUUAUGUCACUGACGAUUAUGAAAAAGCCUGUCAAUGGAGUAAAAGAAAACAGCGCUUUCAUUGUCGUAAACCGGCUGUUGUAGUUUUCAAAAUUGACAGUAAUUUACGGCAAAAUGAGACACACUUGCUGCUGAAAGUCGACAAUGAUACAAAUAGGAAGUUUUGGGAGUGUAUAGUUUCUCACUUCAGGCACGGGAAAAGAUCUCCAGUUAUCACACGUAUACUAGAGGAUGUGAAGUAUAUUGAGGGUCCUGUUGCCCAUAAUCGUCGCCUAGGACAACAAGAAAUCCCCACUCCUAAAGAUUCUGGCAAGUUUCAGCAGUUGUGUGUCUGUAACCAGGGCUACGCCAGGAAGUUUGGAAGUCUGGAAAACAUCUUGUGUGUCAUAUUUAUUGUUGACUAG